AUGAGCUGCGGCAGCGGCCUCCAACUGCCGCCAGUGGUUCUGCCUGUGGAACAUGGCAGAAGCAAUUACCAUGACACAGGCGCGGCCGCGGCAGCGGCAGCGUCAGAGUCGUUGGCAGGAUUAGCAGGAUAUACACGAAAUUAUUAUGGCACUUCUGGUGGCAGCGAUGACUUGGCCAGGGCCACAUAUGGAAAUUAUGCCCCACACCAUCUCUGGCCAUCGCUGGGCAGCACGGCAAAUGGAUUUGUGCCCUUCUCCUCCCACUACGACAGCAAAGUGCCGCUGCACUCGCUCUAUGGCGGUGGAGGGGAGCACGAGCAGGCCGAGCAUCACGGACAGCGGGACAAUAUCGAUUUUGUCAUUAAUACUGGAAAUUAUGAGGCAAAUGUCGCUGGUCCUGGUCCUGGUGCUGGUCCUGGCGCUGCCUAUCAAAGCUAUGGAUAUCAGCCUUUGCCUCAGCAACAGCAACAGCCGCAGGUGCCACUCGCCGCCUCGCAACAUGCCGCCACGCCCCCCUACAGCCAUUACCAUUUCGAACAAAUUUCCAAUUAUCGCCCGGAAAGGGAGGCUCUAACUGGGGAGCUGCAGGAGGCGCGGGAGGACAAUGAGUCUGGUGUCUAUUCUAGGAUCAAAGAGCGCCAGACGCUGGUGACUCCUGUAAAGCGCCAGCAGGAGGCUCAGCAUCGCCAGCAGGAGGAGAGGGAAGAGAUGCUGAACCUACGAGAACGGCAACUGCAAGCGAAAGAGCGACAGCACGAGCUGAGGGAGCGCCAGCGACUGGGUAGCCGGCAGGAUCAGCAGGAUCAGCAGCUGCUCUACUCCCACACCGACGCGCACAUUGCAGAUAUGCCAGCAACAAAGAGUGGCGGCUACUUCCUGCCACCGAUUACCACCAGCGUGCACCACACGCCGACGAGCAGCAAGGCCCUGGCCGGGGUGCCGCUGGGCAAGCACAUCGAGAUCACACGCCAGGUGCCCAUCACCCACUACCAGAAGCAGCUGGUGCCCUACAAAGAGAAGCUGCAGCUGCAGGUGCCUCGCACCGUCAUAGCUGCCGUGCCCAGGCCCGUGGCCAUCAAGGUGCCCGUCACCAAGACGGUGGCCGUGCCCCAGCUGCAGGAGGUGAAGAUACCCAUCGAGCGCAUCAAACCUGUGCCCGUGGAGCGACCCAUUCCGUUUGUGGUCGAGCGACGAGUGCCCUACCGAGUGGAGAAGGCUGUGGCCACGCCCGUCUACUAUCCGUACCCCGUCAAAGUGCCCGUGGUAAGGACGGUGGUGCACAAACAGCGUCCCCACUAUGUGCCAUCGGGUGGUUGGAGUGCCGCCACUGGCAAUCAUCUCUUGGGUUGA